GACACAUGGACACAAAAUCAACAAAUGAUAUUUGAGUGGGCUUUAAGACAAUAUCCUAAAGGGAUAGAACAACGAUGGGAAAAAAUUGCUAAGCAUCUACCAGGCAAAUCAAAAGAGGACUGUAUCAUUAGGUUUAAACAUUUAGCUGAAUUAGUCAAGAAAAAGAAGGCAAGCUAA